CAAAAUCCUCGUGUUUCUUGGACUCGGGGGUGUCGAAAAUGACAGUCCAAAUGGGGAUUGAAGGCUUCACUCGCGGUUCGUGGUUCGAGCUUCCUUCCUGUCUCGGUUCGUCCCUACCCGAUUGUCAGUUGGAUGAGGGUCCCUGGUGUGCCAUGGCUCCUCGAUCCAUCUGGACGUUUUUGUUCCACUCCUUCCAGAGCUUGGAAGCAGCCUGGAUCGUAAAGGAAACUUCCGCUCUCGUUUCGUUCGAAUACUAAGAUCCAAGAAAGUGGAACUGCCAGAAAGGCUCUCAACGCGUGUGCGAGCAACAGCGUUUGCCAUCUGAUCGCCUUCGCCGAUUGAAACCCUUGCUCGAUAUUCACAAACGAAAUGUUGACCGUUCACCAAACAUGGAUGUUAAUACUCAUUCUCUUGGGUUUGGCCAUACAAAGGAAUCUGGCUUCACCCGAAGCAAAGAAAUUCCGGGAGGACAACCAUUCUUUUCCACCCGAGAUCAUCUCCAAAAUCCCCAAUGUUUCUGUUCCUGUGGGUCGAGACGCCUUGUUCACUUGCCACGUCAAAUAUCUGGGGGACUUCAAGGUUGGAUGGGUUAAAGAAGACACCAAGGCGAUUCAAGCCAUUCAUGACAUUGUGAUCACUCACAAUCCACGUGUUCAAGUGUCUGGAGAUUUUCACACGACAUUCCACUUACACAUAUCAGAGGUUCAAGAAGAGGACCGAGGCCAGUACAUGUGCCAGAUCAACACGGUUCCAAUGUCGUCGCAGACUGCAUCGUUGGACGUAUUAGUUCCCCCGGAUAUCACCCAAUCUUCGGGCGACCGUGAACUACGUCAAGGCGAGAUGGCCAUUUUGGAGUGCGUGGCUGAUGGAUACCCAACCCCCACGAUUAGCUGGAGGAGGGAGGACAAUCAGUACAUCAAAGUCAAAGAUCCCCGAUUUGGUGUUCGAAAAGUGCAACGAUAUGAAGGAACCACUCUAACCAUCCCGAAAGUGACACCUAAUGACAUGGGGGCUUAUCUUUGUAUCGCCACCAACGAUAUUCCGCCAGCUCGAAGCAAGAGAGUCUAUCUGUACGUUCAAUUUCCACCAUUGAUCAAGGUCAAAGAGGAGAUCAUGGGGGCGGUCUAUUACAGCGAUAUGAAGAUCACAUGCGAGGUGAAAGCCUAUCCCAAACCCAUUGUCUACUGGAACUUUUCAAGUGGUUUCAUUAUUUUAGAUGGCAUUGUUCUGAAUGGAGGCCGCUAUACAGUAAAUGAGGAGGUGAUCAGACCUUUCGAGAUGACCUCAACCUUGACAAUCCGAAACAUGAGCUCACUUGACGUCGGCCGAUACAGUUGUGUGGCCAAGAAUUCCUUAUCAGAGGCAUCCACCAUCGUGCGAGUUUAUAUGGUGGCCACGCCUUCACCUCCAACCAAGGUUACCUCCUCCGUCACGUAUGGGUUCCAGCCCAACAAUAGACCAGAUUUCAUUCCCACCAAAUCUGUUUUGCUCGAUAACGGUGUCCAACUAUAUCCUAAAUAUUCUGAACCUGACGAUCCUCCUCCUCUAUUGGUCCAUGACAAUAAUCGGCCUCAAGAUCAAUACGAUAUUCUGGGCCACAAUGCUCACAUCAAGGACGACAAUGAGUCCAAAAAGGGCCACAAUAAUUUUGGACGAUCCAGUGGGUCCAAUAGUCAAAGAUCCGUAAAACCAUGUUUUUGUUAUGUACUUAAUUUCGUGAUUUGGGGAUUAUUUGAAAAAUUGGCAUUCGUUUGAUGGGGUCUUGAUGCCUUUUUGUCAAUGGCUUGUGAUGAUGCUUACCUUAAUGACUGAUAAAUAAAUGAUCAUGAAGGUUCUUUUUCAUUCAA